UUCCCCACAACCAGAGGCGUCCACAGAAGCUCCUGUCACGGCAGCUUCUCCACCUCAGCUGGAGAGCUCUACAAAGAAACGGAAUAAGCCAGAUAGAGUCAAAAUGGAGUCCCGGGCACCCCCAGCAGCUGCUGCUGUUACAAAACCAGCUCCUUCACCAAGAAAGGAGAUUGCUGGACAAGAGACGGCAACAAAUCCCCCAGCUGUUAUCCAGAGGAGGGUCUUCAGAGAUGGGUGGACAACUCGGAAGGUGUCCACGAAGCCCCCCGUGAUAGCGAAUUCAAUGCGUUACCCAUCUAAGCAGGAGAGUUAUACGCAGAGCCAGAGGGACAAAUCUGAGUCCCAGGCACCUCCAGCAGCUGCUUCAGCUCCAAUCACAGCUCCCUCACAAGGAAAAGAGAUUGGAGGACAAGAGAUGGCAACAAAGCCCUCUGUUGCACCAGAUUCUCCACCUCAGGUUCAACGUUCUGCCUGGGGAGUUUCUCUGCCUCAACAGAAGAGUUGUUUGCAGGGACAAAGGGACAAAUCGGAGUCCCAGGUACCUCCAGCAGCUGCUGCUGUUCCAAGAACAGCUUCCCCACAAAGGCAGGAGAGUGUUGGACAAGAGAAGUCCACAAAAGCUGCUUCACCUCAGCAGGAGAGUUCUACAAAUAAACAGGAUAACUCACAUCCAUCCAAAACGGAGUCCCGGGCACCUCCAGCGGCUGCUGCUGUUACGAAACCAGCUUCCCCACAACCAGAGGCGUCCACAGAACCAGAGGCGUCCAUAGAAGCUCCUGUCACGGCAGCUGCUCCACCUCAGCAGGAGAGCUCUACGCAGAGACAGAGGGACAAAUCGAAAGACGAGUCCCAGGCACCUUCAGCAGCUGCUGCAGCUCCAAUCACAGCUUCCUCACAAGAGACGUCCACAGAGCUCCCUGUCACACCAGCUUCAGCUGCUUUGAAGAAAACGAAAAGGAGGAUGAGGAAAAAUAAAAAAUCUUCCACAGAACCAGAGGCGUCCACAGAACCAGAGGCGUCCACAGAACCAGAGGCAUCCACAGAACCAGAGGCGUCCACAGAAGCUCCUGUCAUGGCAGCUUCUCCACCUCAGCUGGAGAGUUCUACAGAGACACUGGAUAUGAAAGAUCCACCAAAACCUGAGUCCCAGGAACCUCCAGCAGCUGCUGCUGUUUCAGAAACAGCUCCAGGAGAUGCAGUGGACACAUUCAAGGUUUCGAAUAAGGCCAAAAGGAGGAUGAGGAAAAUGAGAAAUAGUUUAAAAAUGCAGGAGGCUGCUGGACAGGAGACACAGAUGCAGGAAGUGAGUGAAACGCUGGAGACUGACACAUCUAUUGAACACCUGUGUGAGCUCCUGGGUGGACUGCAUCUGUCCUCUGAGCCUUCUGCCCCAGCCACACCAUCUCCUGUUCUUGAGCUUCAUCAUUUAGUGGCGAACUCCUCUGGCCCAUUUAACAGAUUGAAGCCUCUUCGUCCUGCGACGUUCAUCUUCGAAUUCUCACCCACAUUUGGUUUUGGACCAACACAGGAGACUGACUCCCAGAUGAGUGGGCCAGAUGUGUCCAUGGAGACCCCUGAGAUAGAAGAGCCCAGAGAAACACCUUCUCCAUCUGAGUGA